AUGCUUUACGUCGGAAACUUGAUCUACACCGUCCUGCAAGCUGCCGUGAAGCUGUCAAUCGUGCUUUUCCUCCGCCGCAUCUUCCCGUCGGAGACCUUCCGGAGGAUCGCACAGGGCAUCGAGGUCAUUCUGCUACUACACGGCACGCUCUUCACCAUCCCGUUUGCGGUGCAAUGCAUGCCCGUCCAAUCAAUUUGGGACCGCACUAUAACUGACCGCCGGUGUCUGAACCUGCAGGCGGUGGGAUACAGCAGUGGCGGACUCGCCAUGGCCGAAGAUAUCGCCAUCUUGCUCUUACCGAUCCCGCACGUGUGGCAGCUGAAAGUUUCUCUCCAGCAGCGUCUGGCAGUCAUUGCGCUAUUCAGCGUUGGUUCCUUGUGA